UUGACAACUAAUAAUUGACAUCCUUUUAUACUCCUAAAAAAUGCCACUAUCACCCGAGGAGAAGGCGGCACUAAAGCUUCAAAAAAAGGAACAAAAAAAACGUGACGAAGAAUUUAAACGCAGAAAAAUUAAGCACGAUGAGAUAUCAAGAGAAGUAAAGUAUGGUCGGCUCACUUUAAAGUCCAAUGAACGAAAAUGGAGACGAAUGUUAAUAGAAAUUUCUUUACCCCGAAUGCGAUCAGAAUUGGAAUACGCUUGGCACAAUUUCGAACGCAUUAUCGAUGUCAAGGAUUUCACCAUCUCAUAUUUAUUAGAUGAGCUAGAUCAGGCCGAAGAACAAUAUGUUGCGAACGUAAAAUGUCAUUCGGAACAUAUAGAUGACCUAAUUCAUAGAUUCAACAAUUACUUACAAGAACUUAAAUUUGAAAACGAAGGUCAUUUAAAUAAACUUCAAGAUCAAACGAAUAGGGAAGUAGAGGAAAUAGAAAGAAACGCCGCCGAAGCGGAUGAAUAUUUCAAAACUAUGUUGUUUGGGCUGGAAGCGGCGAAAAAAGAGCAAGAACUGAGGGUGAGGGGCGAAUACUUAUCUAAAAUAGAUGAAGAAUCGACUAAGUAUAAGAACAUAAUUAGAGAAUUGCGUGCGGUACUGGAAAAAAACUAUGCAGACCUUUGGGUAGCAAUCAAACUCUUUUUAUAUGAUUUUGAACAGCAGACCAUGGAAAGGCGGAAAAGUUACAAUAUUUUGGCAUCACAAGACGAACUGUUGCAAAAGGUAUGUUUGAAUCAAAAUUUAAAACUGAUACGUAUGCAAGAUGCAUUAAAAAAUCUCAAACGCCAAUAUUCACAAGCGCAAAAAUCACAAAAACAGAAGCUUACCGAUCUUUUAAAUGAACAACAGUACUUUUCGGACGCUUUUACUACAUUGAAAGGGCGCAUGAAUAAUGAUAAGAGAAUCGAUUCAACAAACUUAACGUUACUGACCGAAGAAAGUAGCAUCAUAUGGAUGCAUUUAAAAAAAAUUCUAGAAAAAGGAAGAAAGGCACAACAGCUAGCGGGAUUUUGUCGAAAAUUGGAAACCUUGAGGGAGAAAACUUUACCGUUUCCUAAAUACGACACCGAUGAUGACGAGGUUCAAAUUGAAGAACACCCCGCAACCGCCAGCUUAGAACUUUUCUGGAAAAGAGUUGCACAGGCCGACGCCAUUAGACACGGUAUCAAUGAAGAGCGUGAAUAUCUGAAGAGGGAAAACCGCAUGCUGCAAAUUCAAAUUCAUAAUUAUUGCAUGUGUGUUGAUUGUCCAGGUUUAGAAAGUGAGAAUCACAAACAGACAUCUGGAAAACCUACAGUUACUGAAGGUGAUUUAAUGCGAAAGCAAUACGAUAAAUUUAAAUAGAUCUCUCAAAAUAUAUUUAGAUUUUCUUUUGCAUUAUCAUGGACCGCUUCCAAUAUACUUUUGCUUCAUAAACGGUUAUC